AUGCCAGCCCACACGGCCAGCAGGAACAGGGAUGUCCCUGGUGGGAUCAUAGCCAAGGAGGAGCAGGAGGUGGGCUACUUCCAGGGCAUGAACGAGGUUGUGGCCGUCCUACUGAUGUUCCUGAACGAGGACGACACCUUCUGGAGGUUGUUCCAGCUGAUGACUGAUGAGGAGCACGCCAUGCGCCGCUUCAUCCCUGGAUUCCCGAAAUUGCUAAGGUUCCAGGCCCAUCACAAGCACGUUCUCGGCAGAGCCCUCCCCAAGUUGAAGGGACAUGUGAGCCGAUGUCUGCGGGGAUUUACACACCCACGUGGUUCAUGCAGUGCUUCAUCAACCAGACCCCCCUUUCCGCUGACCCUGAGGCUCUGGGAGGCCUCCAUGCUGGAGGGUGGGCACUUGCUCACGGCCAUGGCCUACACCGUCCUCAAGGUGCACAGGAGGAAGCGGGCCUGAGCGUGGAGCGCAGGC